GAUAUUUUUAUUACAGUUUCCGUAAAAUUAGCUUAAAAUUAGUAACCACAUUUCAAGGCCUAAUUAAUUGUAUUGCAACCAUUUGUGCCAACCGUGUGCCAUCAUUGCUAUAUUUUAAUAUUUACUUGGAAUAUUUCAGAAGUCUACACGUGUUCGUAUUUGUACCUACACGUAACCAAGCCGUGCCGGGGCCGGAGCUACAGCGUGCACGUGCACGUGUACACCUGCUUCCGUCGGUGUUCGCGCUUGCUUGCCUGCCUGCCUCCGCCACGCCACGCCACCAUUGCCACGAUUUUUGAUCCUUUGGGACUAAUAAACCCAUGUUUGCUACCAGCUAAACUAAUUUUACAAUCCUUGUGGGCUAAAAAUAUUUCUUGGGAAGGUCAAUUACCCGAGGACAUCGAGGCUCAGUGGAACAAUUUUGCUAAACAAAUACCAGAAAUAGUCGAAAUUCGUAUCCCGCGCAGAAUAAUAUGUGAUUUUUACGUCAAGGUCGAGCUACAUGCUUUCAGCGAUGCCAGUAAUAAAGCUUAUGCAUCAUGCAUAUACCUACGCUCAAUUUCCAAUACAGGACAGGUUAGUGUACAUUUAGCAUUAGCCAAAAGCAAAAUUGCUCCACUGAAACAGAAAUUAAGUACCCCACGCUUAGAAUUGCUAGGGGCCCUCUUAUCGAUACAACUAGCAAAAAAGGUAAAAAAUUCACUGCGCUUGAAUAUCGAUUCACAGCAUUUUUGGUCUGAUUCAACUAUAGUUCUGUGCUGGAUAAAAACAUGUAAACAACAAUUAAAACAAUUUGUCUACAAUAGGAUCACAGAAAUCAGUAACAACUCUGACCCCAUAGAUUGGCACUAUGUACCCACAACCUUGAACCCUGCCGACAUAGGUAGUAGGGGUCAGAGCGCAUCAAACCUCAAAAAUUCACUUUUGUGGUGGGAAGGACCGCCCUUCCUUCAUGAAACGGAAAUACAAUGGCCUACUCAACCUCAAAACUUAACUUUAGAAAAUUUGCCUGAAGUCAAAAUACAAUGUCACGUUUCAACUGAACAAUGCGAGGAUAAUUUUACCUCUAAAUACUCAAACUUUUGUAAAUUGCAACGUAUUGUAGCAUACAUGAAUAGAUUCGUUCAUAACUGUAAAAAUGUAACAAACAAGAAUACAGGUCCAUUAAAGGUGUCAGAGCUUAAUCUGUCUUUACAAAUGUUGUGCAAACAAGUGCAGACUGACAAAUUUAGCGAGCAACUCUCGCGUUUGCUAAAUAAGCGCCCACUUUCUCACAAAGAUACUCUGUUGAAAUUUAAUCCAUUUGUAGAUACUUUCGGAAUUAUGCGAGUAGGCGGUAGACUUGCAAGUUCAUAUUACGAUUAUAACACAAAACACCCUAUUUUAUUACAUGCAUCGCAUCACAUCACUAAAAUAUUAGUACACCAUUACCAUCGAAUGUUGAUGCACACUGGACCACAGCUGAUGCUAGCAACAUUACGUCACAGGUACUGGAUAAUUAACGGCCGUAACCUUUGCAGACAGACUUCACAAAGCUGCAUUACAUGUUUAAGAUACUCGGGUAAAACUUAUCAGCCAAUUAUGGGCAACUUGCCACUGCAAAGGGUACAGUCCGAAUAUGUAUUUGCUAACACAUCCUGUGACUACGCUGGGCCAAUCCUGAUAGCGAGCAGAAAGGGUCGUGGUUGUCAAACGAAGAAAGCAUAUAUAGUUGUUUUUGUUUGUUUGGCAGUGAGGGCGGUACACUUGGAGCUCGUCACUGAUUUGACAGCCAUGGGCUUUAUUGCCGCUUUAAAUAGAUUCAUAGCCCGCAGAGGCAAACCAGCCACCAUUUUGUCAGAUAAUGGUACUUGUUUCAUAGGGGCUUGUAACGAAUUAGCAAAGUUCCUUAAAAAUAAUUCUGAAGAAAUAACGUCAUAUUCAGCUACAAAGGAAAUAGAAUUCAAAUUUUGUCCUGCUUAUAGCCCACAUUUUAAUGGUUUGGCGGAGGGCGCAGUUAAGCAGGUAAAACAUCAUUUAAAACGAGUUACCUCAAUGGCUCACUUAGAUUAUGAAGAGAUGGUUACAUUUUUGGUUCAAGUUGAAGCUUUGCUUAAUUCUAGGCCUUUAACCCCUAUUUCAUCUGAUCCCUCAGAUCUUACUCCUCUCACCCCUGCGCAUUUUUUGAUAGGCCGAACGCUCACUAUGAUACCUGCUCCCUUGGUGCAAGACUCGCCGAUACAUACCCUAACGAGAUAUCAGAGAAUAGAAGCACUAAAAGCGCAUUUUUGGAAUCGGUAUUAUAAGGAAUUCAUUUCAGAACUGCAGGUCCGAAACAAAUGGCGCAGGGAUGGAGGCCAGCUGAAGCUUGGCGAGAUGGUUCUCGUCAAAGACGACCGCUUGCCCCCCAGCAGAUGGCUGCUUGGGCGAGUCACCGCAGUCUACCCGGGCAACGACGGAGUCAGCCGCGUCGCUGACGUCACCACCACCACAGGGACGCUGAGAAGGGCCUACAACAGGCUCUGCCCGCUCCCACUGACAUUGGACCAGGAUGGUCCAAGGGGGCCAGCUUGUUAACGCGCCCCACUCGCGGACUCGCUGAUCGGGUCCCCGCCUCCCGCGCUCGCUCCCCGCGGGCCGCCACCGCCGGCCCGUCGCCUCAUCGCGCGCCGGCAUUCAUUCCUCCAGCGCUCUCGACCAGAGCGCGCGCGCACACCGCUAAUCAGUGCUCGCGAUACACGUACCUAUUUUUUAUGUAAUUUAAUCGCUCAGACCAAUAUACGGUUUUAAAGUACAA